AUGGUAUUCUUUUUUCCAUCUUUUUUUUUUCAUAACCAUGAUAGAGAAUUAUCUUGCGGAAAGGUAUCCAAAGCAUUUAUUUAUAUUAAGAAGAUUCAUAAAAUGCGACGUGUCUCUUCUUUGAAGGAAUAUAACUCUUUAAAGGAGGAGGCAGGGAACGGAUUGGGUCUUGUGGUGCACUUCAGUGCUUCUUGGUGUGAACCCUGCAAGAAUGUCGGGAGUAUGUUGGAGGGAUAUUUAUCGCAGUAUAACCAAAAAGUCCUUUUUGCCGAGGUGGAUGCGGACCUUGUAACCAAUGUUUGUGAAGCUGAGAAUGUGGAAUGUGUUCCAUUUAUCGUCUUUUUCAGAACCUCUUCAAGAGAAAGAGCCCAAGAGCGAGUUGCGGAUGUGGUUGGUGGCAAACUUGAUCAUUUGGAAAUGAACCUGGUUUCUUUGUAUGGAAAUGGCCAUGAUACUCGAGAAUCGUUCCCUGAUCUGAAUGAGUAUCUAAAGUACCUCACGUCUCGCAAAGGGGUUGUUGCCUUUAUUACUGGCACCCCCUCAAGGCCCCGGUGCGGAUUUACAGGGAGACUUGUCGAAAUUUUUUAUGAACUUGGGAUAAAAUUUAUUUACUACGAUGUUUGGGCGAGCGACGAAGUUUGUGAAGGGCUUAAGAAAUACUCGGAAUGGCCAACAUAUCCACAGGUUUAUGUUGAUGGUGAGCUUAUCGGAGGAUAUGAUAUAUGCUCACAGCUAAAGGAAUCCGGUGAGCUGAAGGCUAUAUUGAAGCAUUAG